AUGAGGCCUAUGGAUUCCGACGCGCCAUUGAGCGUGAAGAAGCGAGCAUCACACUCGAGAUACUCCAGUUCAAAAGAUUACGAUAUCGAAAAGCAUAGAUACGAUACAAGUACUGACGAUGAUUCCGAAUACACCUCAGACGACUCCUCCACACCCUCAUCGAGGGAAACAUCAGGGUCAUAUUCUUCGCGACGGCCAAUGCUGCGGAGGAAAUCCUCUGCCGGGUCACAGAGACCGCUGCCAUCGGCAUAUAAACUGCCUAAUAGGGUGAUCAAGUAUAUGUGCUUCGGAUUAAUAUCCACAGUAAUAUUGUUCAUACUGAGUUUGGUACGAAUGAGUGUGGUAUCGUCUCGGAGAGUGGAAAUAGGAAAUGUGGGAAACAGACCGCCACCCCCGCCAGCACCAUGGGAAUCAUUCCCAUUCCUCACAAGAUAUUAUGGCGGACUACAAACUUUGGUGCCAUUUUCAGAGAACAGACCAGAAUACCCGUUAGCAGCUGAUGAGCCACUUCCAUCGAACGAGACGUUGCUCGAAACCAUGGUACCAGCGCGAGACACACCCAAGAGCAAGACAUUCGAGGCAUACCGGAAUCAAUCAACCGCAUCGUACCUGAGCGAAUAUGCGCUAGUCAAAGAGUGCUUUUUGGAUGCGGACUCAACUAUACGGGUGCCGCAGGUACACUACUACGAGGGACGACCGAGCGGUUUUCCCGACAGCGUAAUGGGCUCCUAUGAAUUACUGGGCCUGCCAGAGGACAUUUGUUUCGAGCGCUUUGGAAGACUGGGACCAUACGGACACGGAUACUCAGCGAAAUACGGUGGUACCGGGACGGGGCAGCACGGCGAUAUGGAAGGUUCCCAUUCUGUUUGGACUGAUGAAGCAACUUCAGAGCUUAAGCAGGUCGACUAUCGAAAUAUGGACUGGGGAGAUGCGCAACGUAGAUGCCAUAAAGCCAACGCCGACAGGUUUGAACCUAAGGUUGCCCCCACAAGACAUGUAACAACCUACCAAAUCCUGGAUGAAGAAACCCGGCCAGAAGAGAGUAUGAAUAGGGAAGACCACAAUUCCAAGGUAGGACCGGUAUCGAACUCAACGGCGACAAGGAAGUUGCCACGUUCGGCAGUUGUAAUUAGAUCCUACGAUGACUUCGAAUACCGCGAAGAAGAUGUUCUCCAACUGCGUGCAAUGAUAUCAGAACUAUCCUUGGGAUCUGGCGGCGAAUACGACGUGCAUCUGUUGGUACAGGUCAAGGACGAAGGGAAACAUCCGAUAUGGGCUGACGAGGUUACAUACCAAGAGCACCUCAACGCAUCUGUACCAGAAGAAUUUCGGAGCAUCACGACGCUAUGGAGCACUACUCAAAUGCUCAUGCUUUACCAAGGCAUAUUUGAUACCUUCGCCAGGGGUUCCGAUUUACCUAUCCACGGGUCCUACCGAGGCCUCCAGAUGGCCAUGCAACACUUUGCCCAACAACACCAAGAGUAUGACUAUUUCUGGCAUUGGGAGAUUGAUAUUCGCUACACGGGCCACUAUUAUAACCUCUUUUCGCAAAUCGAUUCUUGGACGAAGAAGCAACCGCGUAAAGGGUUAUGGGAAAGAAGUGGUAGGUUCUACAUACCUUCGGUUCAUGGUUCAUGGGAAGACUUCAAGCAAAUGGUCAGGGUACAGACGGAGAUGGGAACCAAAAGCCCAGAGGAUAUUUGGUCCGGAAUCCCUGGUGCGAAAAAAAUGCCGGCAACUCCGAAAGGCGAGAAACCAAUCUGGGGACCCGAGCGACCUUUGGACUUAACGGACUGGUUUGAGGUUGAGAAUGAUCCAGUGCCUAUUAAUACAUAUGAGAAAGACAAGUACCAAUGGGGAGUCGGCGAAGACGCAGACCUCAUCACGUUUAACCCAUUGUUUGACCCAGAGAGUACUUCUUGGCUUCUUGCGGAAGAUUAUACUGGUUACAACAUUACUGGGGGAGCAAUUCCUCGUCGUGCGGCAAUCGUUACGUCCUCUAGGAUGUCCAAACGCCUGCUCAACACCAUGCACCGUGAGACCGCUUUCAAAAAGCACCAUGCCUUCUCCGAAAUGUGGGCACCUACUGCCGCUUUACACCAUGGAUAUAAAGCUGUCUACGUGCCACACCCCAUGUACGUUGACCGAGAGUGGCCUACUGCUUAUUUGUCUGGAGUCAUGAAUGCUGGACGAAAUGGCGCAACCGGGGGCUCCAAGAACAGUGUUUUCGGCGAGAAAGAACACAAUCUUCUCGGCAUGACAUGGUACUACAAUGCCGGGUUUGCUCCAAAUCUGUGGCGAAGAUGGUUGGGCUUAAAAGUCAACAACGAAGGUGGUGAAGAAUUCGAAACCGUGGUCGAUGAAGGGAGAGAUGGCAAAGGUGUAAACGGGAUGAGAGGCGGCGAAGGAAGAAUGUGUUUACCGCCUAUGCUGAUACACCCUGUCAAGGAUGUAGAGUUGCCGGUGGAAGGAAGCACAGUGGAGAAAGAGGAGAUUCCAGAAAGUGAUCCUAACGCGUAA